CCGAGGCGCUGGCCCUGCCGAGCGCACGGAAGGCCGCGGAGGAGGACGAGGAGCCGCCGUUGCUCUGCCGGUUCCCGGACAUUGAGCCGCCUGGGCCGCAGGGCGACUCGGCCUCGGCGGUGGCCGCGCGACACAUGAUCGUGUCGUCAGGAUGCGAGUCCUGGUUCCGGCAGGUGGGUGCCGGGGAGUGGGAGGAGGUGCUGAGAUUCUGGCCGCCGCCCGCCGACGUGAGCCUCGCGAGGGCCCCGAAGCUGAAGAGGGAGUCGGCGAACCCGUACGGGCUGCGGGGCGUGGCUCCCGGCCGGGGCGGGGGAGGUUUGGGGUGCUCGGACGCGUGCUGGGCCCUUCCGCUCCCGCCUUCCCGACAGCCAAACCGCAGCACAAGUACAGUCGGG